AUGAAGAUGCUCGAACAAGAAGAAGAGGCUGACACGGAAGUGACAUGGGAAGAUCAGCAGAACAUCAACGCUUUCAGCAGACUGCACAUGCGCGUGCAAGAUCUUGAAGCUCUUUACGAGGAAAAGAAGAAAGAGAAAGAGUACCUCGACGAUCUGUCUUCGGAGCUGGAAUUAGCGGACGAGGACGAGCCAGUCAAAUACCGAAUUGGCGACGCAUUUGUGUCGCUCUCGCUACCUGCAUGCCAGGAACGCUUAAAGAACGAGCAAAAGACGUUGACGGAAGAGUUGGAGGGAUAUAGCACAAAGAUUGACAGCCUGGCGGAGGAUAUGAAUAAGCUCAAGGUGCUUCUGUAUAAGAAAUUUGGGAACAGCAUCAACCUUGAGCGGUGA